AUGGACGAUUCUUCAUUGACAAAAGAAAAAAUUAUACAGUUGAUCAGGAAUUAUGAUGCAAGUUUAACAUUUGUAAAACCCAAAACAUCAUCAUCUCGAGUUUGGUCUUCUUUCAGUUAUGUCUUUAUUAGUAAUCGAAAAAAAGAUUUUGUUUGUUGCGAUAAAUGCAAAGAUGUUCUACAUCAUAAAUCAGACUCUGGCACAAGUAAUAUGAUCAAACACAUCAAAUCAUGUCAAACAACCAGCAAAGAUAUUCCAAAUGCUUCUCUUACUAUUAAAGAAUAUCUUCGUCCUAAAACUGCUCAACCUAUUUCAAGAAUAUUCAAAGAAAAAAUUACAGAUGCAACUGUUGAAUUUGUUGCUGUAGAUAAUCGUGCAUUUGAACUUGUAUCUGGUGACGGGUUUAUUAAUUUAGCUCAAACAAUAUUCAAUGUUGGUCAAGAUUUAUCUAAGACACCAGAUGUUAAUGUUUUGGAUUUAAUACCGAAUCCAAGAACUGUAAGUGUCAGUUUUUGCGGUAUUGCUGUUUUUUAUUUAAAUGAUGAAUUAAAAUUACAUGUCUUUAUUUUGGGUUGUUUUCCCUAUGAUCGUGAUAAUCAAACAGCAAGUCAAAUUCGUCAAUUUGUUGACAGUAAAUUAUUGGAAUUCAAUUUAACCUUAGAUAAUAGUAAAUUCAUAGUAUGUGAUAAUGAGAACAAGAUGAAAUCAGCUUUCAAGGAUUCGUGCACUAGAAUCGGAUGUUCAAUCCAUUAUAUUAAUAAGCAAUUGGAACAUUGUUUUACCACAGAGAUUAUUGAUAAAGUUCCAGUUAAAUGCGAAAUUGUUCAACAAAUGUUCGUUCAUGUACGAAAAAUCGUAUCCCAUACCAGAAGAACACAUAAACAAACAAAAUUAUCUCGUAAACUUCAAUCAUAUUGUGAUACAAGGUUCAAUGGUGCUUUUCUUACGAUGGAUGUGUUCUUAUUGGUGUUCGACGAAUUACCUGGUGUUUUAGAACGAGCUCUUAUGAAUGAUUAUGAAUCAAUAGAUAAAGAUUUACUUUCAUGUAUUUGCUUAUUCCUUAAACCAUUUGAGGAAGUAAUUGAACAAUUUAGUUCUGAUACAAAACCAACAAUAUAUAAAGUUUUACCGUUUAAACAAUAUUUAUUGAACCACUGUAAAAUUCAUCCUGAUGAUCAUGAUGGAAUUCAACAAGUUAAAACAUUUCUGGGUAUUUCUUUAACUUCAAAGAUUCAGACAUCCUCUAAAUGUUUUGUACAAUUAGGGACAUCUAAAAAACGUAUUCAAGACGUUUGGAUUAUACACGAUAUACAUUACAUCACCACAUUUUUACAUCCAUCAUUUAAAAAUUUCGAUAAAUGUUCUGAUUUUCGCGCAAAAGCUAUUGAUUUAACAAAAAAUGAAUUGAUGAAGCGCCAACCAUCAUCAUCUAUUAUCUGCUCAACAAACAAUAAAUCACCUGCUCGUAUAGUUGAACUUGAUCCUCAAACAUCGUCGUCAAAAACUCUUCUUUCACAAUGUUUUGAUACACCAAAAAAUGACUUAAAAUUGCCAACAACACCUUAUGAUGAAUUAGAAGAAUAUAUUGCAUUAAAUGUUAGAUUAAGUGAGAAUGAUGAUAUUUUAUUAUUUUGGUUAAACCAUAAGAUGAAAUUUCCAACAUUAUUUAAUAUUGUUCAAGAUUUUUAUGCUAUACCUGCAUCAAACACCACUAUCGAACGUGUUUUCUCGUCAUCAAAAAAUACAAUUACAGAUAAACGUACACGUCUUGGUACAGAGAAGAUAAACAAGUUAUUAUUUUUACAAAAAAAUCUGAAUUUAUUGAAACAAAUUGCUAAACAACUAGUUAAUGAAGCUGCUGUUACUGCAACAAAACGAAAGAUGGUCCUUCAGCCAUCCUGCACGAGCUCAUAUGACAAUCAAGAAGAAUUAAUAACUACUACAUCUACCAAGAAAUUGAAGUUGAAUGAAGAAGAUGAUAUUAUCUUUUGCGAGGAUGAUGAAGAAAAUGAAGUCGAGUGUUUUUAG